GAUACCUCAUCGUUUUAGAUGAAGUGUGGGAUUCUGAUAUAUUUGAUGAGUUGCACAGGUGUUUUCCAGAUAAUCAUAAUGGAAGCAGAAUUCUUGUCACCAGCGGCCGAAAAUAUGAGGAUCCAUUGUUUGAUGAACCUCUUUUGGUUCGCUUGUUGACUCCGGAAGAGAGUUGGGAGCUAUUACAAGUGAAGUAUAAUCACCUUCGCUUCUCUACUUAAGAAGAAUUUCGCAAACCCCCAAUUCCAAAUGAGAACUGUCCUGCUGAAGUUGGGAAGGAAAUUGCCACAAAUUGUCGAGGGCUACCUCUGGCCAUUGUUUUGGUAGCUGGGUUUCUUGUCAAUUUAGAGGACGACAGCGAUUGGCUAACCAUUACUGAAGAGGCAUUUAGUUCAGAAACUAAUAGAAUUGAUGAAGGAGACUGCAAUGAAAUAAUAGAAUUGAGCUACAAAAAUAUGCCUGGUUAUCUAAGACAAUGUUUUCUAUAUUUUGCAGCAUUGUCAAUGAGUACAGAAAUUCCAGUUUCAAAACUAACAUGGUUAUGGGUUAGUGAAGGAUUUGUACGAAGAGAUGAGGUGAAGAAACCAGAGGAGGUAGCACAAGAUUACCUGAAUGAUCUUAUCGGGAGGAGCCUUGUCAGAGGCCAGAAGAAGUUCAAAAGGCAGGCUGAAAUCAUGUCGCAUUCAUGAUUAUCUAUAUCAUUUCUGUCGAGACAAAUCUAAAGCCGAAAAGUUCUUGCCAGUGGCAUCGCGGUUUGAAGAUUUCUUUCUGGAUAUGCCACAUAUUUACCUUACCCGCACAAUGAUAUAUUCUUCUGAACCCGAUUGGCACUGCUCCUGGCCAAGUCCUCUUCCUGAAGAAGGUCUAUUUCAGGGCAUCGAUCGUUUUGUUAGAGUGUUGGACUUGGGGUGCAUCAACAUUGGCAAUACCUUUCCUUGGGAGAUAGAAAAGCUUGUGCAUUUGAGAUUUUUGUCACUUCAAGGUCGCAUGGCAGUCAUUCCCUCUUCCAUUUCCAAACUCUGGAACUUAGAAACUUUCCUAGUGAAAGGAAGAGAAGGUAAGAUAGCAUUACCAGAUACAUUUUUCCGUAUGAAGAGGCUGAGGCAUGCACAUAUAGAUAACUGUACCUUCUCAGAUUCCAACUUGUCCCAAUUGGAUUGUUUACAGACCUUAUCCACCCCAUCUCUUUCUUAUGACACAGGGAACAUAAUGAGAAGUUUCCCUUUCCUUCAAAAACUAAAAUGCAUAUUUUUGGAAUCUCGUGGUCAUCGAUUUCCAAUUUUGGAUUUCUUGAGUCAACUUGAAUCACUCAAUGUAAUUUACCAAGGCAAGAGAAUGUUUCUGCCUUGUGAAUUUAACUUUCCCUCAAACCUUAAGAAAUUGACCUUAUCAAAGUUUCGGCUGCCAUGGGUUGAAAUUUCUGCAAUUUCAGCAUUACCAAACCUUGAGGUUUUGAAACUGCUCUCAGAGGCUUUUGUGGGAGAAGAGUGGAAUGUCAGUGAUGAGGAGUUCCCAAAACUCAAGUUCUUGAAAUUGGGAAAUCUGAACAUUACGCGUUGGAAUGUCAGUGAUGAUGCCUUCUCAUGUCUUGAGCAAAUAGUGCUGCAAAAUUGCAGGCAUAUUGAGGUUCCUUCUUGUUUUGGUGAUAGUUGUUCCCUGCAAAAGAUUGAGGCGAUCUUGUGUGGAGACUCUGUUUCUCAGUCAGUCAGAAAAAUUGAGGAAAUUCAGUGUGAAGAGAUGGGAAACAGCAAUUUCAAGGUCAUCAUUCAGAACCCAAACAGGGACUGAAGAAAACAAAUCUCGUCUUUAAUCUCCACUCGCUUAUGCAAGUGUUGAUUCUGAGCCGCAGGCUUGAGCUAGAGCCAGGGUACUUUAGUGAUGAGCUGCACGUUUCCUUCAAUGAGUAACGCUGGUUCCAGUUCUUCUUUCUCUAUUGUUAUGUUUCAGUUUGACAGUUAUUGAAUACUCAUUGUUGUAUUUAUGUAUGGUUGUAAUUUUGUAAUGCAUUAGACUGUCUUACUCUACGGGAAAAAGAGACAAAAAAAAAAUUGUGUUAUAUAUUUAUAUAACACAGUUAUAUAUAUAUUUUGCUAGUCUACCAUCUUGCUUAUUUCGUGUGAAA